GCGUCGCGGCGGAGCAGUUACGCGCGCCGAUUGGGUGAGCGCGGACCAGAAGAGUACAGUUCAGUAAAAAAAGAAAAAAGGCAAGAGUCGGAUAACAACAACAGCUGCGGUCGCCCGAAGCCGACCGACCAAACACACACUUUUCGGACUCACACUACAAAGAUUUUGGAUGUCACGAUGGCUGCAAAAUUCUCAAUUUCAGACGGCGACUCAGAGCCAGAGGAAGUGGAGGGAGAAAACAACCAUUCACCAGCAACAGAAGCCAUGCCUGUCUUCGCCCGCCGCAACAUGGCCUUACCUGAACUCAGAACCCCAGCAUCUGGUCGGAUCAGGCUGAACUCGGAGUCCCACGCCUCCACGCUCUCCAGAGAUGAGGAGCUCCAGGCAAAGGGGGAAGAGGAAGCCGGCACGCCCACAGAGGGAGCUCCGUUCAGGGCACGGUCUAAGUCGGCUCCCCCUGCGCUGUGGGCCGCCAAGAAGUACGGCCAGCAGCUCCGAAGGAUGAGCGACGAGUUUGACAGCCUGCUAGACAAAGGGGAGAUGAAGAGAGUGAGGAGCGCAGGGACGGCCAGACAGAUGCACCACUCUAAAAGCUGGUGGAGCUACCUCUUUAGUCACCAGGAGAUGGAGGGAGAGAACAACCACCAUGAAAGCCACACACAUCGCAAUGAGUAGGCGCCAAGAGAGGAAAUAAGACCUGAAGAUAUAAGGAAUCGACAGAGAAGACGGCAACGGGGAGGCCAAGAGAGCAGAACAGUGUGACCUGUGACAGAAGAGAGGUUGGCUUGAACAAAAACAAUAAAAAAGGAUCCAAACGCAAAGGCUAAAAGGGACAUGCAGUUAAUCGCAUUCAAGUGCAUACUCAGUGAGUCCCAUCCUAGAAGAGUCAUCUUUAUAUGUCAUUGGUAACUACAUUUUCAUAUUUUCUUUUUGUAUUUGUGUCGAUUGUGAUGUAAACAAUAAGAUUGCGCAGUCCACUGUGCAACGCUUAAAGUCAGUGAGGCGUGAGGAUGAACUGUUGCCGACGUGAAUCCCACAGGGAGGAUAUAAAAGGAUGAGCCACGAGAGGAGACACGAUCUCCUAAAAAAACACAGAGAAACACUGGCAUACUAGUGGAUUGGAGAGGUGACCACUCAGUUAAAAGAUUCCUGUUCUUUCAACUGUCUCUCACAUCAACACUAUGCAAUAUGCUGUAGAUGGUGAGAUAAAUGUACUGAAAUCCAAACACCCGAUUAUUCAAGGCCACCUUGAAUGCUGUUAGAAUUUCCUUCCUCCUUUUCAUAAGGAAAUCACCAGUGUCUGUGUGUAAACUAAGGCUUGUUUUGCUCCAAAUGUUUGUGUUUGACUUGCACAAGCUCAUUAGGAUAACUGUAAGUGUGCCAAAACAACCUGCAGGCAAGUUUUAUAUAAAAAAAACAAAACAAAGAAGGAUUUUUUAAGGCAUUCUAAGUGGGUCUUUAAUCCAUCUUCCUGCUCUGCUACCUGCAAGCCAGUACCAUUUAAACAACUCGACUAUCACUAACUGCUUUAUAUCUCAAAUUUAUCAAAAGAAGAACAAUCUCGUAAAAGGACAAUCUCUUGUGAUGCAGAAAUAUUAUCUUUUGUAAUACUUUCAGGGUUAGAUUAUAGCGGAUGACAUUAAACAGACAUAUAAAAGCACAAACCAAUAUGAAUUCUAUCUUUAUAAAGCCUUGGAUUAGCAAAAAAAAAAUACAAUCUCUGGAGUUUUUAUGUGUAAAUAUUUUGUUAAUAUUUUAUCAAAUGGAGGGGCGGGGGUUACAAGCAAGGCAGUUGAGCCAGGACUUUAUUUACAAGGCUUACCCAGCAAUAGGCAGUGUACAAUCCAUGGCUGUUGUGGUAAAUGUUGACACACACAUUUAAAGAAGUGGGAAGGGAUGAAUUAACUGCUGUACAAGGAGCCAACACUCUGGUCUCGUUUACUCAGCUCCCAAUGCAUGAAAAGGAUGAACUCAGAGAUCCGAGGGACUUCCACUUGCUUUUUUUUCUUAGAGUGUUUCGGAAAAAUCAGUUUCCAGUCCUGUUUAUAAAAGAAUUUGUUCACUUUGCAUUGGGAUGUGAAUUAAAUGGGAUCUUAGUCUGUCAUGCCUUAGCUUUAGGAGUGCUGAUCAGGUGCUGAAUUUAAUAUUUAUGUGGUUUUUGAGAAUUCCUUGGCACAUACUCAGAAGAAACAGAAAUACAUCAUCAUGCAGCACUCCUAUAAGCUCGGUAAAAAGGGUUGGGCUAGCUGUGACUUGUUUAUCAAUAUGUGAUUACUGGAAAUGGUAAUGGGUUUGUUCUACUGUGUCUUACUCUCUUCCUCUCGACUUGUAAGGUUGAGUUGUGAAGUUCCCGGGUGUGCAGGCUGAGUGCCGAGUCGCUGAGGUUAGUUUGUGUUUAAUAGCUUUUCUCUUGUAUGUUUGCAUCGACUCGACUGUGCAAGAUCAACUGAAUGAUCAUUUGUCAAAUUUAAACUGUUCAAAGGGGAGUGAAUCCACUGCUUUAUGAUGUCACAGAGAAGUUUUUUUUUUUUACAUUUAAACACUCCUAAUAUACCUGUGCAUGUACGCUGACACAAGUAGUACAAGCUGGCAGAGAGCACGUGCAUAGCGCUGAGAGGUCGGGGCCAGAUAUGAAUGCUUUACUCUCUAUAAUGUCGUAACGAACUGCCUUGAACACGCUGUAACCUGUGAUGUGACACCGCAUAGCCAGCCUUGUCCGUUUACCCAAUUACCGCCUUAAACUUUACUGCUCGCUGUCACAUAUUACGCUCAAGAAGAAGGAAAAAAAAGCACAAUAUACGUGGAGGUGCGUUUACUGUCACAAAAAAAUAAAGAAGACAGUCGUGUUAUGACUGAUUUUGUGGCAGUAAACACACCGCAGAGGAAAAACCUGCCUGGGCACCUGGAGUUUUGCAACCAUCCUUAGUAUUACUUGAAACUGGAGAUGUGUGUGGAGAAAAUUAAAUUUUAAGAUUUCCUUUUUUUUUAUUACUAUUAUUCUUUUUCAGUUUUUAAUGACUUUUGUAAAUGUAUUUUCUCUACAGCUGUGAAACCUCUGGUAUAUGCUGUUGUGAAUAAAUAAUUUUAAGAGUGGUUUUAAAGGA